UCUGGUUGGUUGCACGAUCAGUGAAAUGAGAGAAUAUAGAGAGAACUCACUUAUCUACUACACUAGGUACUCAGACUUAGAGUGUGUGUGUGUAUGUGUGAAGGUUUGAGUGGAUUUAUGUGUGUGUGGGGGUUAUGUUCGCUGUCUACUCCAACAGCAACACAAAUUUUACGUGUGCGGGAAGAGGAUGGAUUUUCAUUAACAACUUUUCUUCAUUUUUGUUUUUGUUUUUCUGUUUUAGUUUUUUUUUCUCAAUGAAACCAUUUACCCUAUGCUCACCUUUUAACACCAAUACCACUUAAACAAUAUCAACAAAAUCCACGGCUCAUAUCACAAGAGUGUGACGGCAGAGUGAGUGAGAGAGAAAGAGAGAGGAAUUUAGUGGGUGAAGGGAGAGUAAAAGAGAGAGAAUUGUAGGCAAAAAGGUAAAGGUAGGCAAGGUAAGAGCUAAAAGCCAGAGUUGUAUCGGUGGCGUGGUGCUGGUGCUUGUGCUGUAGCUGUUAGCGAACUAGCGGCAAAGUGAAGUACAACAAACAGAUAAAUGAAUUUCAGUUAAGCACUAGCACUGAACCGGGUAACAAUAUAUUGUAGUAAUUAUUAUUAUUGCCAUUAGAACAUAAAAGUUGUCGUUGUCGGCGGGAAAUCAUCGUCAUCAUAUAAUAUAAGAAUAUAUAUAAGACCACCAUUGGCAACUUUAUAAAAUACCAAUAUACCUAAGGUAUCUUUAUACCUUUUACCUAAGAACAACUAUACUCUCUUCAUCUCGCUCUUUUAUCUGUCCAUCAUCGCAGAAGAUACGUGUGUGGUACCGUCUCACCAUAUACCAUCAUCUUCUUCUUGUCGUUGUCCGUCGUUAUCGACGGUGUUCCAUAUACCUUACCUUACCAUACCUUAGCUACCUACCUAACCUACCUAUCCAUCCAUAGUGAAUGUGUUACAGUUUCGAUUGGGAUUUCGGGCUCGGAACGGUUGCUGAACUAAACCUCUACCUCACUCGGUGUCUCAUUAUCACCUCUCUAAGAUCAGUCAGUCAGUUACAGUUCUCAGUUGUCGUUGCGGUGCGGUGCAUCUACGAGAUACGAGUAUACGAAAUACGCAGCAUUCAGCUUCUUUCUUUCUUCACCAUAGAUAGCGCACUUUUAACGCAUACCAAGUUGUUGUUUAAUUAGUUACGUGCGUCGUGUCUUCGUCGUGUGUUGUGCUGUCUUGUCUGGUCUUGUAUUGUGUUCGUCAUAUACGGUCAUCAAGUCAACGAAACUACAAGUCAACAAUCAUCAAUCUUAUAUACUACCUUUCACUUUCCGGAUCAUUUUUGCGCAACCAUCUCAACAUCUUAAAUCAAAUCAAAUCGUAUCGAAUCUAAUUCAAUUCAAUUCGACGACUACACUGCUAAUUCAUUAAUCAGCCAGCGAUUAAUCCAAUACACAACAAUCCACGACUUCUCUACUCUCUCGCUGAAUUGAGUCAGUUUAAUCAAAAGCCAAUUAGUAGUUUAUAAUGAUAUUGUCAUCAUCAAAUGAGCUGUCGUCGCGAUGACAACGUUGUGAACAACUUAAGUAUAUUGUGUUUGAUUACCAUCAUCAUCAUCAUCAUCGACAUCAUUUUUAUCCCAAACAAACUUAUGAAUAUGCUAAUGUUAUGAGAUUCCUAGAUUGAUUCUGGUGUUGUAGAGUUUUGUGUUUUUGCUUCAGCUUGAGCUUGAGCUUGAUCACGUUUUUGGUCUAAAAUAUCUAUCAACAUUGUUGUUUUUGUGAUCUUUGAUUUGCUAUAAUUUUUGUUUUAUACCUGCGCUGAUCGAAUUUGUAUAGUCGUGCGAAAUAAUUAACAGAGUGAAAUACUAUAUCCGUACAAAGCCCACGCUUCUUAAAAGAUUUUUUGAUUUUUUUCUUUUAAUAUAAAUUGAGUGUUAAUUGAUCGUGAAAUUAAUAAAUGUUGUGAGUUAAAACAAGUGUGUUUAUUUUAUUAAUUAAAUACAAAUAAAAAAUACACAAUCUGUCAUCAAACAUUGAUAUUGAUAUUUAUGUUCCUAACAUUGUCGUUAAUAUAAUUCUUGUGGUGUCAUAAGGAAUUUCCGUUUGAGCGCGUUUAGUAAAGUGAUAAUAAUUAAGGACUUUCAAUUAAACGAAAUCAAAUAUAAAUAAAAUAUAAUCAAUCAUGGAUUUGUCAAUAUACAUUUUUAUGUGCUUAUUUGCACUUUCAUCGAGUUCAUCAUCAGACACAGAAAGUAAAUCAAAACCAGGACGAGGUCGAGGAUCAAUGUGGUGGGGCAUUGCAAAAGUAGGAGAACCAAAUAAUAUAUCACCAUUGAAUUCUGGUAUGUUAUAUGUAGAUCCAGCAUUUCAUGCAAGAUUACGUCGCAAGCAAAGACGUUUGGUACGUGAAAAUCCUGGUGUAUUUGCUGCAUUGGUAAAAGGUGCAAAUUUAGCUAUAUCCGAAUGUCAACAUCAAUUUAGAAAUCGUCGAUGGAAUUGUUCGACAACAAAUUUUUUAAGAGGGAAAAAUUUAUUUGGAAAAAUUGUCGAUCGAGGAUGUCGUGAGACAGGAUUCAUUUAUGCUAUUACAAGUGCCGCUGUAACACAUGCAAUUGCACGAGCAUGCAGCGAAGGAUCAAUUGAAUCGUGCACCUGUGAUUAUAGUCAUCAAUCUAGAUUGCCACAAGCAAAUCAUCAAGCUGGUGCUGUGGCGGGUGUACGCGAUUGGGAAUGGGGUGGUUGUUCUGAUAAUAUUGGUUUUGGAUUUAAAUUUUCACGUGAAUUUGUCGAUGCUGGAGAACGUGGAAGAAAUUUAAGGGAGAAAAUGAAUUUACAUAAUAAUGAAGCAGGAAGAGCUCAUGUUCAAUCGGAAAUGCGACAAGAAUGCAAAUGCCAUGGAAUGUCUGGCUCAUGUACGGUAAAGACAUGUUGGAUGCGUUUGGCUAACUUCCGUGUAAUUGGCGAUAAUCUUAAGGAUCGUUUCGAUGGUGCAUCACGUGUUAUGCUUAGUAAUAGCUUACGCAGCAGUAGCAGCAGCAGCAGUAGUAGUAGCAGUGGUAGUGGCAGUGGCAUUAGCAGCAGUAGCAUCAUCAACAAUGCAGCUGGUCCAUUAAAUAGUGGUAUUGGAAGUUCGAGUGCCUUAAAUAGUGGUAGCAGCAGCAGUAGCAGCAGCAGCAUCAUCGGUGGUAGUUCUAUGACCAUUGGUGGUGGUAAUGCAGUGAGUGGUAGUAGUAAUAGUGCGAAUGCUUUACACAACAUCAAUGUGGAUAAUUUGGAGAAUUCUAUAAAACAUCAUCCGAAUAACUUACCGCCAAGUGGUAAUAGCAUAUCGAGGAAUUCGGUUAAAUCGAGAAAUCGUUUGAACAAAAAAAAUAAUAGAUACCACUUUCAACUAAAACCACACAAUCCAGAACAUAAGCCACCCGGCACAAAGGACUUGGUUUACUUGGAACCAUCGCCAAGUUUCUGCGAACGAAAUCUCCGAAUGGGCAUCCAAGGGACGCAUGGGCGCCAAUGUAAUGACACAUCAAUUGGUGUCGAUGGCUGUGAUUUGAUGUGUUGCGGUAGAGGAUAUCGCAAGCAUGAAGUAGUUGUCAUCGAGCGUUGUGCGUGCACAUUCCAUUGGUGUUGUGAAGUCAAGUGUAAACAGUGUAUGAUGAAAAAGACGAUAUACACGUGUUUAUAGGUUGCUUUAUGUUUUUUUUUUUUUUUUAAUUUUGUGUGAAACUUUCAUGGCGAUUUCUUUUUUGUUUUUGUUUAUAUUUUUUAUUUUUUUUUUGAAAAAUUGUUUCCUUAUUUGCUGCUUAGGACAGCAAAAAUUGUAAGCGAUUGUUGUAUUUUUUGUUUUGCAAACGCCAGUGUUAGGAGUUUUUGUUAACUUUUUAUUUGUCACUUAAAAAAUUGCACAAAAAUUAUAUUUGCACAUACACACACACACACAUAAUAUUAUGCCCUGCUGAUUGUUUAUUAUUUCUGUUUUUGUUUAUUAAUUCGAAAAACUGAGCAAAUACCAUUCAAGUAUUCUAUUAUUUUUUUUUGUUUCAUAUAAUUUUUGUAUUACUCUAAUUUAAGUAUUUAUUUAAUUUUAUUUAAAAAAUAAAUUUAUUUUGUAAUAAUUGAAAGAUUAUAAUACCACGACACUCAAAGCCCAAUUUAGAUCGACUUGCUGCCUAGCACUUUUAUAAUAUUAUUAAAAAUUAAAGAAUUGUUGUCUUUAAAUCUAUUUAUUUCUAUAUAUAAUAAUAAUUAAUUGUACGUGUAAAAAUAAAAAUAUAGUAGAUAGGAAUUCUUUUGCAGUAUUAAUAAAACAAUUAAUUUUUUGCCCCAGUUGUUAGUAUUUAAAAAUGUCUAAAUUAUAAUUUAAAACUUAAAAAAAAAACAAUAAAAAAACAACGAAAAUUGAUGAUGAACGAUAGCUUCAUAAAGACUGAAAUAAUUAUGUUUUUUUUUUGUUUUUUAAAUAAAUAUUUGAAAGUUUAUGAGAGGAGAAGUUUUAUAGUUUUUUCUUAUUAUUUUCUUAUUUGAUAAUAAUGAAUUAUAAAUUAUUUUGUUUUGUAAAUACAUAUCUUAUUUUUUUUUGUAAACAUAAACA